CACUACCGAGCGGAAAAGACAGGAAUCAGCCAAAGGUCAAGACGCCGGCCGCGCCAUUGAUUACAUCAUGGCCCGGUUCCGUGUUUAUACGCCUCGUCGCCCGUCUUGGCCUCGUCAAACUCAGCUAUAAAUUGGACCUCACCACUACACCCUGAGGUUCAAAGGACAACGUUAGCUAUCUUCAACGCCACGCCACCAUGACAGUCGCUCUCAACCCCCGCAUCCGCGUUCGCGAGGCCGUGCCCGCCGAUGCCGAGGCCAUCACGAACAUCCUGAAUGACGCCUUUUCCGCCAACCCGAUGCAGCAGCUGAUGUAUCCCAACGGUGUAUCGGAUGCGUCGAGAAGCAAGUCUGCUGCCAGACUCUUCUUGCCCAUUCCUCCCAGCGAAGGAGAGACGUUCAUGGUGGUGCCAGAGUUGCUGCCAGAGGGUUCUGAUGGUCCUUGCGAGAUUGUUGCCUUUUCCGACUGGUGCCUGUUCAGGAAUCCGCGUGCUGAAGAAGAGUGGAAUGUCCAAGAGGUACCAAGGACACAGGAGCAGCUGGGAGAAGACUGCGAUGUGCGGGUUUUCAACGAGUUCAUCGGCGGAUUGCACAGGAAGCGCCGAGAGCACAUGAAGGGUGACCCUGGGCUUGUUCUUAGCACUCUUGUCUGUCAGACGAAUCGCCAAAGGCUGGGGGCCGGAAAGGCCCUCCUACACUGGGGUACCACCCUGGCUGACGAACUGGGUCUGCCACUGUUUCUCGAGUCAUCACCCACUGCUUACAAUCUCUACAAGCAAUUUGGCUUCGAGGACAUCGACGUUUUCGACCUUCCCAUCUUCGAUUUGUUCGGCGCCUCAAAGCGCCAAGGUCAGGACUGGGGAGAACAUACGGCGCUCGAGCUGGCUGGGCCUCCCGCCAAGGGAUGCUUCCGCAGCACCAUCAUGAGACGACCUGCCAAGAGCACCUGAUACCUAGGGAUGCCUUUCAGGGUGUCGGGAGCAGUAGAUCUCGCUGCUGCACUUCGCUGCCUCACCACAUCCUUUCCCUGAUCGUAGUGUAUACUACAAGUGUGCAGAUUUCACCAAGCUGAAAUUGAUUGACG